AUGAAAGCACACUAUCACUGUGACGCUCACAACGGGCUCCCUCGGGUUUGGCUUGGCUGGGGUGAGUUGAAAAGCCGCAAGCCCGAGCUUCAGGCCACACAGGACAACUAUUUCGAGGAGUAUAUGGUCGACUACAAGUUCCGACACCCCAAGCAUCCCCGUCGCUGGUAUAACCUGCACUUGGCUGCUGCGCGCAAGUGGACUCGAUGGUUCGACUGGCGCAUCUCCCGCGGCGACAAGGUCCGACUGACUCUUCCCGAACCCGUGAACAAUGAGCUCAUUCCGAGCCUUCUUCACUUCAUAUAUACAGGUGACUAUUCCGUGGACAUCGCUGACAUGGACCGAUACCCGGUCAGAGAAGACCCUUCAGGUUGUGAUACCUGCCCGCAAAUCUGCCAGCUUUUGCGGAUUCACCUAGACAUGUUCAUCAUCGGCCUUCAGCUGGGAAUGGUCGAGCUCCAAGCUACUGCAUUCUACCGAUUCCGGUCCCUCAUGAACACCGCCCCUGCCUGGGUCCUGAAGUAUGCUGUCCACGCAGUAUACACCCGACGACCCAUCGAGAGCUCGUGGAACGACUUCCGUAUCUCCAGCGUCCAGGGCCUCAUGGACUACCGACCCGAGCUGGUUCUGCCUGCUAUUCUGAGAUGGUGCGGAUACUUCCGCAUGCACCCCAUGCGAAUCUCGGGCAGCACCAGCAAGAUGUGCGGAGUGGAAGAGUUCGAAGAGCUUCGCAAACGAUACCCUGACUUCAGUUGUCACUUGGAUUUUGGUAUUGUCUUGGAUACGGUUGAUAUCCUACCCCCGUUCUUCAAGUUCCCCGGUAAGUCUGCGCCCAUGAUCGCUCUUCACCAGUACGAUCGUCCUCCUCCUACUCCUAGCCCAGAUGCGCUGCCCCGGGAUCACUACCGGUCAAACUAUCAGUAUGUGACAUACCUUCAACCACUCCCCUUUAGCAACUUCAGCGAGCAGCUACCUUCUAACCUAGGAACUUUCUGGAGCAGUUCAUCUCAGAUUGACCAACCCAUGCCUACAAGCAAUGCAGCUUUAGUUCAAAAGCAAGUGAGCGGACAGCCUCAGAAAUCUCAGCCUGGGCCAGUACCAGUUGUUUCAAAUGCUCUUGACCCAGCUCUCUCUCACUUGACUUUCGAUCAACUGGAGUCAAUCUCAGAAGACAGCAUUCUGAAUACCGACAGCAUGGACUCAUCCGCUAGUCAGUUUGACCCAAUGCAACUGGACGGCGACUUCGAACUAGAUCUAGACUUCAUCGCUGCGGAGAACGCAGCCAACCCAGACGGGUAUGACCUGACCAAAUUGAUCCAGGAUUGGGGCGGCGACAACCCCGACAUGGACUUCACAAGCCUGUUGAGCAGCAGCAUGACCACAGACUUCUUGAAUCCAUCUACCGCACAGCCUCGCCAGGCGAUGGACGUAGACAUGCCGGCACAUCACAACCCGUCAGGCCCAAAUGACUUCGAUUUUGCAAUUCCCAGCCUACCUACCAUCGACUGGACCGGGAUGGACCCGAUGGGCCCCAUGAACUUCCCCCAGAACCUUGGUGCUACGGGGUGGUCCGGUAUUGACUCCUACGUAGCUGCAGGCCCUCAGCAGCAGUCGAUCAGGCGCCAGCAAAAAGCCUUCGACUGGUCCAAGGCUACACACUCUGGAGGUACCCCAGUUGAAGAAGCUCCACCGCAGCCAGCCGUGAGAGCAAACUCACGAUACAACCUUCGAUCCCGAGGAACUCCCUCAGAAAGCCCACAGCAGGACAACAAGCGUUCAGCAUCGGGUGACCUAUCCGAUACUCCUCGCAACAAGCGAUCCAAGCGCGCGAUGCAGUAG